CAGCUCUACGUCACUCUAUUCUCGUACUUGUGCAGACGACACUUGCUAUCUUGACCCGAACACGUUGAGACUCCGUAUCUUUGGAGCGAAAAUGAUAGCUAAUACAGUGUCUCCAUUCACUGCUCGCCGUUCGCCGUCCGAACGUUCCUGCGCUGAGUGGAGGAGCAUAUGAGAGAUCUCCCAAAGUACUUUCCUUCCCAUUCAAACGUGCAAGACGACAUGUCCACAGGUUCUAUUCACAAAGAAGACAUUUCAGUACAUCCAGAGGAAGUCUCGAGCCCACCGGUUUAUCGUCCGGAGGUUGAUACGUCUUCUGUGGACGAACGACGCCUUUUACGGAGGAUCGACUUGCACGUUGUGCCGUGGCUCGCAGUUCUUUACCUACUGAACUUCUUAGAUCGGGGAAACAUUGGAAAUGCAAGGUUGUACCACAUGCAAGAUGAUCUUCAUAUGACGGACCGACAGUAUCUCAUUGCUUUGACUGUGUUCUUCUUCCCAUAUGCGUUGUUUGAGCCCCCGAGCAAUGUCGCACUCAAGAAAUUACGACCUGCCCGCUGGUUGUCUUUUAUCAUGCUCGUUUGGGGAAUAGCCAUGACCAUGCAUGGGCUGGUACACAACUACGCAGAACUCGUUGGCUUGCGUGUCCUUCUGGGCCUAGCUGAAGCAGGUCUAUAUCCUGGCGUUGUAUUUUACAUGUCCUGUUGGUAUAAACGUGCCGAACUUGGUACCAGAGUUGCAGUUUUCUUUUCCUCUGCUACCGUAGCAGGCGCAUUCAGUGGUCUGUUGGCUGCCGCAAUAUCCAACAUGGACGGCAUAGGUGGGAAACCAGGUUGGGCUUGGAUUUUCAUCCUCGAGGGGCUCCUCACUGUUGUCUGUGCCAUCGCGUCUUUCUGGAUCUUGCAAGAUUUCCCGGACACGGCGAAAUUCUUGAAUGAAACAGAACGUGUAUGGGUCGUGCGUCGGCUGCAGAACGAUAUGAAAUACAGUGCUGGCGGAGAAUCGUUCAAAAUGAAGUAUGUCUGGCAGAGUCUUGCGGACUGGAAAACUUGGGUGGCAAUGGGUAUUUACAUGGGCUUCGAUGGACCACUGUUUGCUUUCUCUCUAUUCACUCCAACAAUCAUCAACCAGCUCUCCAUGACGUCCGAACAAAUGACUGAUACAAGGACAGGCUUCCAAGCAACUGCUGCUAACCUCUUAUCAGUCCCUGUAUAUGCAUGGGCAUGCUUGAUAACAGUGGUGAUUGGAUUUCUCGGAGACCGUAUCGGUAAUCGAGGUUAUAUCAACAUGGUGCUCUUCGGAACCGGCUUGGUGGGUUACGUUAUUCUGAUAGCCUCGACCAAUCCUGCCUUGUCUUACUUUGCUGUAUACUUGGCUGCAUCCUCGAUCUACCCUACGAUUCCAAAUUCAGUAGCUUGGGUAUCAGGUAACGUCGAAGGGUCAUAUAAACGAAGCGCAACGCUAGGCAUGGCCAUCGGAUGGGGUAAUCUCAAUGGGGCCGUUACUUCCAAUAUAUACCGAGCGGUCGAUAAGCCGUGGUAUAGACUGGGCCAUGGUAUCGUCUUGGCGUACAUCGCCAUUGGUUGGAUUAGCUCCCUAAUACUUCUACUAUACCUGCGAAGAGAGAAUGCUCUAAGGGAAGCAGGCCAUAGAGACGAGAUCAUUGAGGGUAUGGACAACAAGCAUGCACAUGAACGGAAUGGACGUUUCGAUAGCGUGGAAGACGCUCGUAAGGAGAAGGGAGACCUGUGGAGUGGUUUCCGUUACACGCUGUAGAAAUAUGAUAGCAUGAAUAUUGUAUAAUAAAGUUCUGACAUCGCCAUACUGAGUUAGUCUGAUUCUAAACGCGCCCUUCAAACCGUUGCAACCACUUUCGGGCUUAGCCGAAGAAUAUUCAGAGUCCGCAACGCGUCCAACUGCUUGCAGCCACAGACGCGUUCACCCUCGUCUCGUAUAGACUUUAUCAAUGAGCCUGUAUUUAUGACGAUCACAUCUAGACCACCUACAUUCAAAUUUUCAUCAAGUGAAGGUCACUUGCUCUGUUUAUCAAUCCUUGCGAAAAUGUCGUUACCGUAUGAACCACAUGACUACCAGCUUGAAGGUGUAUGCAAAGCAUUGGAUGGCAUCGACAUCUUGGCUGUGAUGCCUGCGGGAUCCAGCAAGACUGGCUUUCUCACUAUGUACAUGCUUGUGAUGCAAGCAAUCGCGUCGGACCCUUCUUUGUGUCCACAAAGGUGCAUGAAGAAGUGAGCACUCAUGAUCGUUGUCUGCCCAACGAAGGCCCUUGAACAUGACAUGGAGUGCAAGUUGAAGUUGAUCAGCUUGUCAGUGCUGGUAAUCAACGGCGAUACGGUCG